CAAUCGGGAUCCUCCUCAUUGGCGAAACUGAUUCCACCAAGUGUCACACGCUAUCGUGUUCAAGUUAUUUAAAACAACUUCAUAGUUCAACGAGAAGAUCAGUAACGCAAUCUUGCGUAAUGUUUUGACACGACACCCGUAUACGUCUGUUGAAUUGUGAGAUAUUUAGCGAAAUCACUUACGACGUCGCGGCUGUAUCAUGUCCUGGAUAGGCGCGAUAGCGAAUAACGUGCUUCGUAACAUCGUCUACACGGACACGCCGCCAAAUGUCGUGCAGGAAGUUCGGCCGGAACAUUACAGCAAUCGGCAUAUCCAUUCCCGCGAGGAUGGCAUUGUACUGUACGGACCCGGUGACAAAAGUCAGAAGUAUGAGAUUGUAUUGCACAGACCCUGCACGGAGACCCUUCACCAGGCGUACAGCCUGUUUAGAGCGGAAUCCCUAGAUGCAACGGUGGACAGAUUCAUAAUAUACAAGGAUAAAGUACCAGUGCUGGUACAGAUAGUGCGCGAGAUGUGCAACGUCGCAAAGAUACAAAAGCUUUGCGACAUUCUGACGGAGCAUCCCACGUGGACACUAGCGCAUCUGGCGGCGCAAUUCGCGCUCUACGACGCCUUCUCGCACGCGAUAGUCAACAGCGAGCUGAACAGCGGUGACCUGGAGAGCGGUAUCUCGCCCCUACAGGUGGCCGUGCAGACCAACAACCUGCGCACCGUGCAGAUGCUGAUAGCGGCCAAGAGCUCGCUGGAGCAUCUCGAUCACAACGCAAACACCGUGUAUCAUUACGCGGCUACGUCGACGAAAGAGAUCAUUCUGGCUUUGGGAGCCGGUCUACCCAACAGUCUGAACAGUCGCAACAGCAACGGGCAUACUCCCAUACACGUGGCGUGUCACAACGACAAGCCCGAGUGCGUGAAGGCGUUGCUGCUGAUCGGCGCCGACGUCAACAUACCCGCGACCGAAGGCCCGGAGCCUUCGAGCCCCGGCUACGUCGGCGAUUUCUUACACAACAAGCCGAACGUGCUCCACUCGGAGGACAUGAAGUUCGGCGGCACGCCGUUACAUUGGUCGCGCAGCCGCGAGGUGAUAUGCGCGCUGAUCGAGACCAACUGCGACAUCGACGCGCUCAACUUCGACGGUCGCACCGCGUUGCACGUGAUGGUGAUGCGCAAGCGGCUCGAGUGCGUGGUGGCGCUGCUCAGCCACAUGGCGUCCGUCAACAUGGUCGACAAGGAAGGCAACACGCCGCUGCACCUGGCUGUGGAGCCGGCGAUCGUGCAGGCGCUCAUCGGCUUCGGCGCCGAUCUCGACGCCCGCAACUGGAAGUCGGAGACGCCGUUGCACAGGGCCAGCACCGACAGCACCGACGGCAACAAGAUCAUCUAUCUGCUGCACGCGGUCGGCGCGCAGCGGUGCCCCCUCGAAAUGACAGGCUGCCAUCUCGGCUGCAAGUUCAACGAGACUUACACCGGCAUCGCGCCCUCGGAGCCGCCGCACCACGUGACGCGCACCGUUAUCGAUCAGAUGCUGCACGUCUCCGGCAUGGAUAAGAUGACCAUCGAUGAGAGGAGGACGGUGAACGGCAGGCUGCUCUGCCUCGACGGUGGUGGUAUUCGCGGUCUGGUGCUCAUCCAGACGCUGCUGGAGAUCGAGUCGGUGCUGGGGCGACCUGUGGCGGAGUGCUUCGACUGGAUCGCCGGCACGUCGACCGGCGGCAUACUCGCCCUCGGUCUCGCCGCCGGCAAGUCCCUGCGCGAAUGCCAGGCCCUCUAUUUCCGCAUCAAGGAGGACGCCUUCGUGGGCUCGCGUCCGUACAACAGCGAGGGCCUCGAGAAGGUGCUGAAGGAGUGUCUGGGCGCGGACACCGUAAUGGCGGACAUCGCGAGGCCAAGGAUCAUGAUAACCGGCGUGCUCGCCGACCGGAAGCCCGUCGACCUUCAUCUCUUUCGUAAUUACGAGUCGCCCGGCGCUCUGCUGCAGGUGGCGGAGAACGCGAUGUUCAAGCGCACGCUACCGCCGGAGGAACAGCUCCUGUGGAAGGCGGCGAGAGCUACCGGUGCUGCGCCGUCGUACUUUCGAGCCUUCGGUAGGUUUCUCGACGGCGGCCUGAUCGCGAACAAUCCUACUCUGGACGCUAUGGCGGAGAUACACGAGUAUAAUCUGGCGCUCAAGGCCACCGGCAGGCCGAAGGAGGCGACGCCGCUGGCACUGGUAGUCUCCCUCGGCACCGGAUGCACUCCUACGACCUACGCUCUCAAGGAGAUUGACGUUUUUCGGCCCGAGAGCCUCUGGGACACCGCGAAGCUCGCCUUUGGCAUCUCGGCGCUCGGCACGUUGCUGGUCGACCAGGCGACCGCCAGCGACGGUCGAGUGGUGGAUCGUGCCAGAAGCUGGUGCUCCAUGAUCGGCGUCCCGUACUACAGAUUCAAUCCGCAGCUGUCGACGGAGGUCGCGAUGGACGAGAAGAACGACGAGAUCCUGGUGCAUAUGAUCUGGUCCGCCAAAGCGUUUAUGCACGUCAAUCGAGAUCGAGUGAAGGAACUGGCAGCCAUCGUCAAUCGUAGCUCGCACCAGGCGAUAUAAUAAGCACGACAAUUUUCUGCUAAAGUUCACCGCUAUUCGACCAAUGUGAUAUUAGACUUGACAUUA